UGUGGCAGCUUGGAAUGAUGGAUCAAGCCAGAUCAGCAAUCUCUAACUUGUUUGGUGGAGAACCAUUGUCAUACACCCGGUUUAGCCUGGCUCGGCAAGUAGAUGGAGAUAACAGUCAUGUGGAGAUGAAAUUGGCUGUAGAUGAAGAGGAGAAUGCUGACAAUAACAUGAAGGCCAGUGUCCGAAAACCCAGAAAGCUUAAUGGAAGACUCUGCUUUGGGACAAUUGCAGUAAUAAUCUUUUUCUUGAUUGGAUUUAUGAUUGGCUACCUGGGCUAUUGUAAACGCACAGAACAGAAAGACUGUGUGAGACUGGCAGAAACGGAGACAGUCAAUUCAGAAAUCAUCAACACAGAACAAGACAUUCCUAAAUCUUCUCGCUUAUAUUGGGCAGACCUCAAAAAACUGUUGUCAGAGAAGUUGGAUGCCAUAGAGUUCACUGACACCAUCGAGCAGCUGAGCCAGACCUCUGGGGAGGCUGGAUCUCAAAAAGAUGAAAAUCUUGCCUAUUAUAUUGAAGAUCAGUUUCGUGACUUUAAACUCAGCAAAGUCUGGCGAGAUGAACAUUAUGUGAAGAUUCAGGUGAAAGGCGGUGUUGCUCAAAACUCGGUGGCCAUAGUAAAUGCAAAUAGUGACUUGGACCAAGUGGAGAAUCCUGAGGGCUAUGUGGCAUAUAGUAAAGCUGCAAAAGUUACUGGUAAACUGCUCCAUGCUAAUUUUGGCACUAAAAAAGACUUUGAAGAUUUAAAUAAUGCUGUGAACGGAUCUUUAGUAAUUGUUAGAGCAGGGGAAAUCACUUUUGCAGAAAAGGUUGCAAAUGCCCAAAGCUUUAAUGCAAUUGGUGUCCUGAUAUACAUGGACCAGACUAAAUUCCCCAUUGUUAAUGCAGACUUUUCAUUCUUUGGACAUGCUCAUCUAGGAACUGGUGAUCCAUACACACCUGGGUUUCCAUCUUUCAAUCAUACCCAGUUUCCACCAUCUCAGUCAUCAGGAUUGCCCAGUAUACCUGUUCAGACAAUCUCAAGAAAGGCUGCAGAAAAGCUAUUUCAAGCCAUGGAAGGAAACUGUCCUCCUGAUUGGAAAACAGAUUCUUCCUGUAGGCUUAGAUCUGUACAGGAUAAAAAUGUAGAACUCUCUGUGAACAAUGUACUGAAAGAAACAAGAAUACUUAACAUCUUUGGAGUUAUCAAAGGUUUUGAGGAACCAGACCGGUACAUUGUAGUUGGUGCCCAGAGAGAUGCCUGGGGUAGUGGUGCUGCAAAAUCGAGUGUGGGAACAGGUCUUCUGUUGAAACUUGCCCAAGCAUUCUCAAACAUGGUUUCAAGAGAUGGGUUUAAACCCAGCAGAAGCAUUAUUUUUGCCAGCUGGAGUGCAGGAGACUUUGGAGCUGUUGGUGCCACUGAAUGGCUAGAGGGAUACCUAUCAUCUCUACAUUUAAAGGCUUUCACUUAUAUUAAUCUGGAUAAAGUUGUCCUAGGUACUAGCAACUUCAAGGUUUCUGCCAGCCCUUUAUUAUAUACACUUAUUGAGAAGACAAUGCAGGACGUAAAACACCCAAUUGAUGGAAGACCUCUAUAUCGAGACAGCAAUUGGAUCAACAAAGUUGAGAAACUUUCCCUUGACAAUGCUGCUUUCCCUUUUCUUGCAUAUUCUGGAAUCCCAGCAGUUUCUUUCUGGUUUUGUGAGGAUAAGGAAUAUCCUUAUUUGGGCACUAAUUUGGAUACCUAUGAGAAACUGAUUCAGCAAGUUCCUCAGCUGAACAAAAUGGUUCGUGCAGCAGCAGAGGUGGCUGGUCAGUUCAUAAUUAAACUUACCCAUGAAAUUGAACUGAACCUGGACUAUGAUAUGUAUAACAACAAGAUACUGUCAUUUGUGAAGGAUCUGAACCAGUACAGAGCAGAUAUCAGGGCAAUGGGUCUGAGUCUACAGUGGCUGUAUUCUGCUCGUGGAGACUUUUUCCGUGCUACAUCUAGACUAACGACUGAUAUCCAUAAUGCUGAGAAAACAAACAGAUUUGUCAUGAGGGAAAUUAAUGACCGUAUUAUGAAGGUGGAAUAUCACUUCCUGUCACCCUACGUGUCUCCAAGAGAGUCUCCUUUCCGACACAUCUUCUGGGGUUCUGGCUCUCACACUCUCUCAGCUUUAGUGGAUAACUUGAUGCUUCGUCAGAAAAACAGUAGUGCUUUUAAUGAAACACUGUUCAGAAACCAGUUAGCCUUAGCUACUUGGACUAUUCAGGGAGUUGCGAAUGCCCUCUCUGGUGACAUUUGGGAUAUUGACAAUGAGUUUUAAAUGAAACAUAAUUAAAUAAGAGCAGGGCAGUCUGUUUCUAGACUUGCGCUGGUUAUGCUAAAUUUUCAUUAGAGCUCAAAUCUGAUGUUACAAUUCUCUUUGAUCAUCCAGAUACUAAAUGUCCUUAGACAGCAGCUUUUAGUGCAGGGUUGGGCCUGCACUUGAAGUUACAGUGGAUAACACUUUCCGUGUUCAUGAUAUCACCUCAGAUUAUCUUUAGAAUUUUGAGUCCUUUGUAAUAACUUCCUCUUGCAGCGUGGUCAUGGAAAUGUGGGAACCAGUUAAGAACGUUGCUUGAGGGCAUUAGCUGGUGGGAGGACAAUGGGUGCUGAGGAUCACUGUGGUAGCUGGAUGUAUUUGUCCCCCACCCUCAUCUGAUCCUCAUUAGGAGUCUCCAGAUGAGCUUGUGCCCUUAGGAUUAGCUGGUUUCCAUUUCCUAAACUAGACAGUCACUUUCACAAGAGAUAGUACUUGUUUCUGCCAGCAAGGUUGACAUAGGUCCUUCUGAUGAAAGGAAAUUUGUCUGCUUACUGCAGGAAUAGGCCUUUCUGGUUAACCUUAUAUUAUCUAUGAGGAGACCAGGAGCCAAAGACAACAUCCGUGUUUUCUCUCUGCUGGCAUCUGCCCUAUAGUCUAUAGUUCUUUGUUUUAUUUUCCCCGACAUUUUCUGAAAAAAGAGCAAGUUUUAGACUCAGUUUGUCAGACUUUAAAGAACACACUGCCAAACUUUGGCCAAAGUCUUUGGGGAAAGCUCUCUAUCAUUUUGGCACUGAGAUAUUUAUUGUUAUUUAUCAGUGACAGAGUUCACUAUAAAUAGUGGUUUUUUUUUUUAUAGAAGAUAAUUAUCGGAAGCAGUGCCUUCCAUAAUUAUGACAGUUAUACUGUCGUUUUCUUUUAAUAAAGCAGCAUCUGCUAAUAAGACCCAACAGAUACUGGAAGUUUUGCACUUACGGUCAGCACUUGCAGGCUUUAGGAGAAAGUCACAAACCAGUUAGGUUAAGACAAGAAGUAGAAGAGAAUUGAAAGUAACAAGGGAUUCCUGAUCCACUUACACUUUCAACUGUCCAGGAAAAAAGGAUAGCUCUCCUAGGUGCAGUGAGUUGUGGCCACUUAAAGGCUGUGGUAGUACUUGCAAAAUUUUACAGCUCAAUAUACUCAAGAUGUAACUCAUUCAAUUUUGCAAAAUUUCCAGUACCUUUGUCACAAACUUAACUCACAUUAUCGGGAGCAGUGUCUUCCAUAAUGUAUAAAGAACAAGGUAGUUUUUGCCUACCACAGUGUCUAUAUCGGAGACAGUGAUCUCCAUAUGUUACACUAAGGGUGUACGUAAUUAUCGGGAACAGUGUUUCCCAUAAUUUUCUUCAUGCAAUGACAUCUUCAAAGCUUGAAGAUCGUUAGUAUCUAACAUGAAUUCCCAACUUCUUGUGACUCCUUAGUUUUAGUUGCAGAAGCAUCUGUGGUCAUUAAGCAUUUGGUGGAUAAAUUCAACUGCUGUACAGAAAAAUCAUUACUUCCAAGAUUUUUUUCCUACUUAAUGUGGGUAUUUUGUUAUCUCUGGUUUCUUGAGGUUUUCUGUUUAUGGAAUAGAAGCAUACAUUUGUAAUGUUUGCUGGUGAUAAAUCAAUUUCAACUGUCUCUCUUUAUUUACAUGUUAUUUCCUAAGUGUAGUUCAAGCAAAUUUGAAUCCAUUUUUGGCUUAAAGUAAGGGAAUUUUGGAAGAUAGUAGAGAAUUAAGGGUGUUGAGAAACAAAGCUUGCAAAAGGCUCUUGGUGCACCUGCCCAUUACUAUCACUAUGGUGGCUAUAAAGACUAGUUAGCCACCUGCAUCUGAUCAGUUUUGUCAUGGGGCUGUUCACUCACCCAAGUUACAUCGACCAGGUUACUUUAUAGCCUCACUGAAUUGUUUCCUAUUCAAAUCUCUUUCAUCAUACAUAACCUUGAGUACUCAUGUACUCAAGGUACAUGAGUAAAGGGCAUGCGUUUUGCCAUAAAUCUCUUGAAUAAAAAUAGCCUCUACUAUGGUAAGGGUUGUUUCUAAUCAAAGCAGUAAGUUGAUAAGAGGUUUCAUGUUCUUAGGUAAAAGGUGUAUCUGAAUGAUAGACAACCUAUUAUACAUCAGGUUAUUGUGGUAGAUAUUGAUAAGAAAAGAGUAAGCUUUUGUCAUGAUGUACUGCUUUAGGAUUCGCAUGACCUUUACUGUGUUAGCUUUUGAAUGUCCUUUGGAGUUUGGACUUGCCAACGUACGCUCAGCUAUAUUUGUAGACAUGCCCUUAUAAAUGUAUACAACCGGUAUGUAACAAUGUGAAGAUUCCUUACCU